AAUGCAACGUUUAUUGAAAAAAAAAAAAACAAGCACUAAAUCGCCAUAUCCUUGAUUUUGAAGGAAUUGCAACAUCAUCUUCAUGAAAAACUAUAAAAUGGGUAUCAAUUAUUCUGUUCUGUUUGAUAAGUAGAUAGAAGCCAUUAUUGAAAUCAGCUCAUUUUUCCCAAUUAUUUUAAUAAAUGACGAAAAAUUAAUGUGAUUUAUCGAAUUUAGAUUGAGUUGCAGUACUGCAGAGGUGUCCAAAUCCCCAAUCAUCAGGGGGAGUGUAGGUGUAAACUAGGACAAAUAUCCACAUCUCUUGCACUUUCUGUCCUCACUCGGCACUCGCCUCUCUCUCUCUCUCUCUGUUUCUCUCUAACUCUGCUAGUCUCUCUCUUUGAGCUCAAGAUCAAGAAUUUCAACUAAAUUAAGCUCGUGAGCUCAACAUUGAUCGAUAACCCAUCAAUGGUGACCCUCAAAGCAGGGAGUAGACCACCAUGGGUGGGUUUAGGAGCAGCAGUUUGGGUUCAAAUAGCAUCAGGAAGUGGAUACACCUUCCCUCUCUAUUCCCAUUCUCUCAAAUCGGUUUUGGGUUAUAGUCAACACCAGCUCACCAUGCUUGGUGUUGCCAAUGAUAUGGGAGAGAACGUUGGUCUCCUUCCUGGGUAUGCCUGCAACAAGUUCCCUCCUUGGGUUGUUCUAUUGAUUGGUGCUUUUGCUUGCUUCUUUGGUUAUGGUGUCCUUUGGCUUGCUGUCAGCCGUACUGUUCAGUGCUUGCCUUACUGGUUGUUAUGGAUUGCGCUUUGUGUCGCCACCAACAGUAGCGCUUGGCUAACCACAGCUGUGCUUGUUACCAACAUGAGAAACUUUCCCUUGAGUCGAGGCACAGUUGCUGGUAUUCUCAAAGGUUAUGGGGGCUUGAGUGCGGCAGUUUUCACGGAAAUUUACAGCAUACUACUUCAUGGUUCUUCUUCUAAGCUUCUCAUGUUCCUAGCUCUUGGGAUUCCUGUCCUCUGCUUCGUUGUGAUGUAUUUUGUCAGGGCUUGUACCCCAGCUUCUGGUGAAGACUCUUCAGAGCAUGGCCAUUUUCUUUUCACCCAAGCAGCUAGUGUAGUGCUUGGCAUAUAUCUUCUUACAACUACAUUAUUGAGUCAUAUUCUUCACUUAACUCAUCCAAUUUCAUACACUUUCCUUGUCAUAAUGAUUGUUCUUCUCAUGGCUCCUCUUGCAAUCCCAAUAAAGAUGACAUUCUUCCCCUCGAGAGCCAGAAAAUCAUGGAUCACUGACCAACCAGGUGGGUCUUCAGACUCUCUGUGCGAAGGAGAAGACAAAGCCGUCAUAACUGAGCCGUUGAUGAAGCCAUCCUCUUCGGCAGCACAGCUUGGAAGUUUUCUUGAAAAUGAUGAUGAGUCUGAGGUGGCUAUGCUUCUUGCUGAGGGUGAAGGAGCAGUCAAGAAGAAGAGGCGGCCCAAAAGAGGGGAGGACUUCAAAUUCAGUGAAGCAGUAAUCAAGGCUGAUUUCUGGCUUCUAUUCUUAGUUUACUUUGUUGGGGUUGGUUCCGGGGUAACCGUUCUCAAUAAUCUCGCUCAGGUAGGAAUUGCUCAAGGUGUGCACAAUACCACAAUGCUGCUGUCGCUCUUCAGCUUUUGCAAUUUUUUGGGCCGUCUCGGUGGGGGUACUGUUUCUGAGCAUUUUGUCAGGUCGAAUUCAAUUCCUCGUACAAUAUGGAUGACUUGCACUCAAGUAACUAUGAUUAUUACAUACCUUCUCUUUGCUUCUGCUAUUGAUGGUACCCUUUAUACUGCAACUGCAUUGCUUGGAAUCUGCUAUGGCGUUCAGUUUUCCAUCAUGAUCCCAACUGUCUCUGAACUUUUCGGCUUGACGCAUUUCGGUAUAUUUUACAACUUCAUAUCAUUAGGGAAUCCUCUUGGCGCAUUUCUCUUCUCGGGUCUCCUGGCAGGGUAUAUAUACGACACUGAGGCAGCAAAGCAGCAUGCACUUGAUCCAUCUUCUGCAAGCAUCUCCUGCUCCGGUCCAAAUUGCUUUAGGCUCACUUUCCUUGUUCUGGCUGGCGUCUGUUGCGUCGGAUCCAUUUUAAGUAUUGUUCUAACUAAAAGGAUUAGGCCUGUUUACCAAAUGCUAUACUCUGGAGGUUCUUUCAGGCUGCCGCAAAGUUCAAAUCAUUGAGUUGUGUCAUGGAAGUUCAAAAUUUUUGCGACAAGCCCUUUAUCGAACCAAGACAAAUAUCGCUACUUCCUGGUGAGUUUUAGUUUCCUGGAAUCAUUGCAGUGUGUAUAUUUGAAUAUCACCUUUGCUAAUCGAAUCGCUUGAGGACUUGUCGAUAUGAUUUGGUAAUGGAAUCAUAAUAUAAUGAGAUAUAGUGUCAACCUUGGUAUGUUUGUGUUAGAAUUUGAAUUUUAUCCUGUAAUUUGUUUAGAUGAUAUAUAAUGCAGAUCAAAGAUGCUAAUUCA